CACCCACCUUGGGCAUGACGACACACCUCGUGUUUCCGAUGAGCGCGCUUCCGUUGCGGCACCAUGGCCUCUUGCCACUGACGCGUGCGGAAGUAGCUGCGCAUAUAGCCACACUGGCGCGGACGCAUUGUCGCUGCUGGUGCCCAAUGGGACAAUAUGCCACCUUGCACGUGUUUUAAAUAUGGCAGUGCCGAAUCUAGCGUCGCCAUUUGCGGUUUUCUGGAUCCAAUAGAUUUGCGACGGUCCGGCGAUAGGAUGGAGACCUCGGACGUUGGCAAGUGGCUCCAGCGCGACGUCAACUGCUUGGCGGACCCGCAGCGCUCGGUGCGCAAGCGGUCGCUCGAGAAGCUCAGCAUGGUCGCGGAGCUUGCGGCCAAGUUUGGCCAAGGCCACCUCGUGAGCUUCUUCCAGUCGCACCUCUUUGAGCCGCUCGUCCGCUGCUUCGCCGACCCGAUCGAGAAGAACCGCGAGCUCGGCAUCCGCACGUGCACCGAGUACGCCAAGCUGGGCGCGAUCGCGGGCGACGGGCGGGAGAAGGCGCUUGUCGUAGCGAUCCACGCGCGCAUCGGCAAGGCGCCGUUUCCCGAAGGCGCCGAGGAGCUUCGCCUCCAGCUGCUCGAUCUUCUCGCCCUCGUGCUGCACGGCGCCAUGCCUGACGACAGCACGUUUACGACUUCGAUCGGCGAUGUCAUGGAGACCCUCGCCAAGACUGCGACCGACCCGUUCCCAGAUGCGAAAAAAGCGUGCUGCGACGCCAUCUUGGUCCUCGCCGCCAAGUGGCCGGCGCAGGUCAAGAUGCACCUCGCGACGCUGGCGCGGCCGCUGACCAUGAACUUGAGUCACCAGCACGCCCGAAUUCGCCUCUGCACGCUCCAGGCGCUCGAGGUCGUCGUGCCCUGUGGCUCAACGACGCUGCCCGAGCUCAUGAAGGACGUACUGCUGCCCAACUUGAGCCGCGUCAUGUUCGAUCGGUCGGCCGCCGUGCGCAAGCAGCUCGUGCAGGCCAUGGCCACGUGGUGCCUCCGCAUCGACGAGCUCCGCGCGUUUGAGGCGGCGCUCUUGCCGCUCUUCUUGUCGGGGCUCGCAGACGAGUCGCCCGAAGUGCAAAGUCACAGCUUGGUUCUCCUCGGGCAGCUCAGUACGCUCUGGGUCUCGGAUCCGCUGCAUGCCGAGCACGACGAUGUGGACGAGAGCAUGGCGGCGGUGGUGACACCGCCCUUCACGGCGCGGCCCCCGCUCGGCGCACGCCUCGUGACGCGUCGGCUCCUUGCGCAGCUGUUGCCGUCGCUCUUGGACCAGUGCGCCGACUGGACGGUCCAGACGCGGGAAAAGGCCACGUCGAUAUUGCGGGUCGUGCUGGUGCUUGCAGAAGACGCGGCCGAUGCGCAUGUCGCUGCGAUCUUGGCGGCUCUCGCCAAGACGUGUCGGGACGACGAACCGGUGGUUGUCACGAGCGUCCAGUCGGCGAUGGCGGUCGUCGGUCACUUCGCCAACCCCGACUUGAUCUUUUCGAGCUUGCUCCCGCUCGCUGCUGGACGGCUUCCGGGCCAGGACACGUCGCACCACCGCACGAACGGGCUCGUGCUGCUCUCGAUGGCGAUCGCGGGCAUGGCGCAGCCGACGAUUUUGCCCCACAUGGAGCGCAUCACGGAGGCCUUGGCCGAUGCGGGGCUGCGCGAGGCCGACGCGCCCGAGCUCCAGGAAAAGCUCUCCCUUUUGACAGCGACGAUCGUGACGACGGGCGCGCCGCUCUUAGCGACCCAUGACUCCUGGGGAUUCCGGCUCUUUUGGGUGUUGAGCCAAAUGAUUGCGUCGACACCCGAGGAUUCGACGGCGUUUGACACGGCGACCAACGGGCUAUUGGCACUCGCGACCGCACUGCAGCUCGACGUGCCGGGACUGUAUCUUCGGUUUUUAUCGCCGCUCGUCGAGACGAUCAGCGCCAAGAACGCGGUGUGGUCUAAGGCGUCGCCGCACCGAGUGCUCUUUGACUCGUUGGCGCGUCGGGGUGGCAAGGCGUGUGGUGCGGCGCUGCCCGUGCUUCUGCCCGUGCUGUUGCGCCACCUCGACCCGGCCCGCGACGCCGACGUCCGGCUCGCCUUCUUGGCGCUUUUGGAAACUAUGCUCGGGAACCCCGAGAUGGCGCCCGCAUUUCAGCCUUUUGCGUCGACGCUUUUGGUCAAGGCCAUCACGCCCAACAUUGUGUGGCAGGGCGGCAAGGUCGCGGCCACGAUCCGCAAGGUCGCGAUGGCGUGCACGUACACGCUCUUGCGGCAGGGGCUGGCGACGACGCCGUGUCUCUUUGAAGCCGCGCCGGUCAUGCUGCCGGUGCUCAAGGCCGCACUGGACGAUGGCGACGCCAAGACGCGCCAGCUCGUGUGCCUCGCGCUGCAGUUUCUCUUUGUUGCGCUGCCGAAUGCGCUUGGCCAGGAGCCCGUGGCGCAGCUGUACCACGAUCUGCUCAAGCGCCUUGACGACAGCAACGACCUCGUGCGCAAGGCUGCGUGCGCCACGUUUGUCGAGUUUCUUCGCGCAGCGCCCACCGCGCAUUUCCAAGGCACCAUCAUCGACUACUCGAUGGACGCGCUCUUCGUGCACCUUGACGACAACGACAGCGAGGUCCAAGCAGCCGUGUUUGCCGUGCUGCUCGAGACCAAGCGCAUCGAUGCGACGCGCCUGCGCCAAAAAGCCAACGAGAACCGGAGUCGUCUGCGCAGCCCGUUCUAUUGCGACCAGCUUUUGCUCUAAGAGUCAGCAUCGCACGCUGCCCUUGUAUCCCACGUCGAACUCCUUCA